CAUAGCCUUGCUUCAAUUAGUAGUUUUUUUUUCUUUCACGUGAUUAGUUGAGAAUGGCAGAAGAGGUGGUUUUGUUGGAUAUACAUGCUAGUAUGUUUGGUAUGAGAGUUAGGAUUGCAUUGGCAGAAAAAGGUGUUAAGUAUGUGUAUAAGGAAGAAAGCAUAGGGAACAAGAGUCCUUUGCUUCUUAAGAACAACCCCAUUCACAAGCAAACUCUAGUUCUAAUUCACAAUGGAAAACCCAUUUGUGAGUCUCUCAAUAUUGUUGAGUAUAUUGAUGAGUUUUGGAAGGACAAAGCUCCAUUAUUGCCCUCUCAUCCUUAUCAUAGAGCUCAAGCUAGGUUCUGGGCUGAUUUUAUUGAUAAAAAGGUGCAAGAAGCUGGGAGUGAGUUAUGGGCCUCAAAGGUAGAUCAACAGGAGAAGGCCCGGAAGGAAUUGAAGGAAAGGUUGAAGCAACUAGAAGAGGUUCUUGGAGACAAGCCAUAUUUUGGGGGUGACUCAUUUGGGUUUCUUAAUGUUGCUUUAAUCCCUUUCCAUCAAUGCUUUUAUGCUUAUGAGACAGUGGGUAGAUUCAAAUUGGACUGUCCCAAACUCAUAGCAUGGGCCAAGAGAUGUUUGCAGAGGGAAAGUGUAUCCACAUCCCUUGCUAGUGAAAAGGACAUCUAUGAGUUUAUUUUGGACUAUAGGAAAACUCAUGGGUUGGACUAGGAGACAUCAUGGGAUACAAACUUGAGCAUGAAUUAUACGUAGUAAGAACUAAGGAAUAUGUGGAAUCUAUUAAAGAUCAACUAAUUGAUAAGAAAUUUUAUCUUUAAAUUUUAUUAUUGUUAUUUUACAAGAGAAUGUGUUUGUACCAAAUAAAUUAGGAAUAUAUGUGUUUGCACUUUUAUUUUUUAUUUU